AUGUGCUCCAUCUCAGAAUCCAAACCCGUCACCAAUGGCGAGCUCAAGCUCAAGCUCAACGGCACCUCCCCCCAGUCCGAGCUUCUGCAGGCGCCUCUCCCGAACCCCUCGUUGCAGGUAACAGCCGAUCACAACCUCAAGAGGGUCGAUGCGCCCGUCUAUGCGCCCAAGGCCGGCGAGGUGCUGCUUCAUGUCAAGGCCACUGGCAUCUGCGGUUCCGAUGUUCACUUUUGGAAGACGGGAUGUAUCGGUUCGCUCGUUUUUGAAGGUGAUUGUAUCAUUGGACAUGAGGCUGCUGGUGUUGUGAUUCGAUGCGGAGAGGGCGUCACCAACCUCAAGCCUGGUGAUCGCGUUGCUGUUGAGCCUGGUGUACCCUGCGGAAACUGCUUCCUCUGCCUCGACGGCCGAUACAACCUCUGCGAAGAUGUCCAGUUCUCAGGCGUCUACCCCUACGCUGGAACCCUUCAGCGCUACAAGGUCCAUCCCGCCAAGUGGCUUCACAAGCUCCCCGACAACGUCUCCUUCGCUGAAGGCGCCCUCCUCGAGCCUCUGAGCGUCGUCCUCCACGGCAUCAACUCUGCCCCCAUCACCCUCGGAACACCCGUCGUCGUCUGCGGAGCUGGCCCCAUCGGUCUCCUCGCCCUCGCCGCCGCCCGUGCCUCUGGCGCAUACCCCCUCGUCAUCACAGACGUCGAGCCCAAGCGCCUGGCUUUCGCCAAGGAGAUGGUUCCCUCGGCUAUUACCUACCAGGUUGACAUUACCAAGUCCUCCGAGGAGAACGGCAAGGCUGUGAGAAAGCUGUUUGGAGAGACUGAGUAUGUUCAGCCGCGCGUUGCGCUUGAGUGUACUGGUGUGGAGAGCAGUGUCACUUCGGCGGCUUAUAUGGUGCGGAGAGGAGGUAUCCUGAUGGUUGUCGGUGUUGGAAGGGCCAUCAUGAACAACCUGCCAUUCAUGCACCUGUCUCUGGCCGAGAUCCAACUCCGAUUCAUCAACCGAUACAAGGACACCUGGCCAGCCGGAAUCGCCUGCAUCGAGGGAGGUCUAAUCGACGUCAAGAAGUUGGUGUCGCACGUCUUCCCUCUGGAGCAGGCCCUCGAAGGUCUGACUUUCUCGUCGGACCUCAAGAACGGCAGCAUCAAGGUUCAGAUUGUUGACGAGACUGAGACGACGUAUUUCUGA